CCCAUCUGACACCCUACCCCUGCUCACCCUGCCUGUCCCCGUCUGACACCACACCCCUGCUCACCCUUCGGGGAGGGCUGGGGGUGGGACUCGGGGUUAUUUAUUCGCUGCAACUCCGGGAGAUUCUCGCAGAAGAGGAGACCCAACUCCGGAGAGCCGUCUGCAAGAAGACAACGAUGUCUUGUCUACAGGUGCCGCACACUCAGUGUGUGUCCUUCUCUGUUGGUUCUUGCGUGAUAAUCAAAGGGACACCUCCUGUCUCUUUCGACAAGGACCCCCAACUGCAGGUGGAUUUCCACACUGGGACAAACGACAAGUCGGACAUCGCCUUCCACUUCCGAGUGUACUUUGGUCGCCAUGUGGUGAUGAACAGCUUUGAGGAGGGGGGCUGGAAGCACGAGGUGAGGUUGACCCACAUGCCCUUCGCCCAGGGCCGAGCGUUUGAGCUGCGCAUCCUCGUCUUGCACGAUGAGUACCAGGUGGUGGUAAAUGGCCAACACUAUUUUGGCUUUGCCCAUCGACUCAAGCCAGAGUCUGUGAAGAUGGUGCACGUGUGGAGAGAUGUCUCCUUGACCUCAGUGAAUGUCGUCUAACCAGGGAGGUGACCAGACUCCCCCUUAUCAAGGAGUCCCUCUUUCCACGUGAUCAUGGAUUCCCGGAGCCUGUCUACAGAGCAAUCCCUCCCCACCCCUUCCCCCACACGUGGUCAUUAAAAUGUCACCAAACUUCA